AUGGCCUCCUUCGGCUUCGACACUACCGCGGAAGAAGUUGUCUCAACCUUCGCUUCCAAUGUCAAAGGCCGCACAUUUCUCAUCACUGGUGCUAGCGCCAACGGGUUGGGUGCCUAUAUGGCCACUUCUCUUGCCAAGGCGUCGCCCGCGGCAUUCAUCCUUGCUGGUCGCUCCGAAGCCAAGGUGGCGCCUGUCAUCAAGGAGAUCGCCGCCAUCGAUCCGUCUAUCCGUGCCACCUUCAUUGCUGUUGAGCUUACCGACCAGGACAGCGUUCGAGCCGCAGCUUCAAAAAUCCUCGAAGACUCCAAUAUGUCCCAGAUUGACGUUAUGAUCAAUUGCGCCGGUAUUAUGUACGUCAAGGAGUUCACGACAGAUGCCGAGGGAAACGAGUUGCAGUUCAGUGCCAACCAUAUCGGACACUUCCUGCUCACGAACUUGCUGCUGCCCAAGAUUCUUGCCGCUGGUGAGGAUGCCCGCAUUAUCAACGUCUCGAGCCACGGACAUCAGCUCUCCGACGUGUGGUGGAGCGACCCGACCUUCAACAAGGGCAAAGACUAUCACGGAUGGAGCGGUUAUGGACAAUCCAAGACCGCAAACAUCUUAUUCAGUGUCGAGUUAGCUCGCAGACUGAAAGACCUCCAUCCCGGAAGCAUCGGAGGCACUGGUCUCUUUAAUCAUGUUUCCAUGACAGAGCUUGACAAGGGCGACGAGAUCUCUCGAAAGAACACCGGAUUGCCUUUCGCGAUCGACAUGCCAUUCAAGACCGCGACUCAAGGGUGCUCGUCUAUAUUGGCGGCCGCGCUGGAUCCGGAGCUUGCGGCUCAUAGCGGCUCAUAUAUUCAGAACUGCCAGGUCGGAACGCCUCGAGAGUAUGCACUUGAUGGCGAGAAUGUGAAGAAGCUGUGGGCCAUGAGCGAGGAUUUGGCCCUUUCCACCAACCUCGACUGCACCAAGCCCGCGACUCACAAGUCGACCUACACCGGUGAGAAAGGCACCUUUGAAGUCCUCUGCGGAUGUGAUUAUGGCGGCGGCAACUAUAAGGGUAUCGACGCGCCGACAUUUGAGGCCUGUGUCAAGGCCUGCGACGCCGAAGAAGCCUGUAUCGCCGUAGCCUACGUCAACGACCAGCAGGAUUGCUAUCUGAAAGACGUGCAGACGCCGGCCACAGCUCUUGCAUGGGUGAACUCUGCACGCAAAACAUCCAAGGCUUCAGGGGUUACUUGCGCCGGCGGUGCCUCCAACGGUGCGACCUACGCCGGUGCCAACGGCAACUUUGAGAUUGUGUGUGGCGUGGACUAUGCUGGUGCCGAUAUCGCCGCCCUCCAGGUCGCCAGCUUCGAGGACUGCAUCAAGGCAUGCGACAAUGAUCCCCGAUGCGUGGAUGUCUCGUUCAGCUACAUUGGGAAAACGUGCUGGACCAAGGACCGACUCACCACAUCCAACCCCGUGGAAGCCAUCUGGACUGCAAAAAAGGUCGUCAAGGAGAAACCGACGUCGCAGGUCACAUGUGUUGGCAACGCUGCUGACGGCACCACGUACAAAGCGACCAAGAGCUCAUUUCAGAUCCUCUGCGGUGUGAAUUACGGGGGCGGGGACAUUGGAGCUGCUCAGUAUGACAUCUUUGAGGAGUGCAUGAAAGCAUGCAACGCUGACGACCGCUGCGUCGACGUUUCUUACGACCCUCAGGGCAGAAACUGCUGGACGAAGGAUACCCUCAACACCCUGAACCCCGUUGAUUGGGUUUGA